ACCAGAGAGGGCAGGAGAGUUCAGCUAAUCUCUCCCCGCUGCUCUGCCUCCUCUGCUGGGCUCCAGCUCCUGCUACAUCCCGCUCCCCUCCGCUCCAGCUCCAGGCUUUACCUCCAGCCUCUUAAGCUCAAUGGCUCCAUACUCUGCCUAGGCCUCCCUACCUCCUAUCUCUCUCCAGCUGUAUAGACCUACAGUGAAGAGAGAGAGAGAGAGUGUUCGACUCUCCACACUCCUCCUCCCCCUCCUCUUCCGACCCUCUCCAUCCGUCCUCCCCGGCAGACGGAGCAGACCUCCGGGAAGGCAGCGUGGAUUUUAACCCUACCUGCAUCUGUGUGAAUGGGAAUCAGCCGCACCGGGCAGGAGUGAUGGAGACUCUGCCUUCAUAGUUAUUGGAACUUAUUUCUUAUCCCGAAAAUAAGGGAACUAACUGCGUGUGUGUCUGUUUUGGAAUUGUCUUUUCUUUUUUUCUUUUUGGGAUCCAAGCCCGACCGGGGAGGGUUAUUUUUGGGGAGAGGAGAGGUUGUUUUACCCCCCUCUCUCCUCCUUCUCAUCAUCUUCCUGACCCCCCAUCCUGUGGUUUGUUUUUUGUGCUUAUUUAGAUUUGAAUUGACAGUUGGAUUCUGUGGAGGAUUUGCGGGCGUUUGCUCCUGUGGUUCCUCGGGCUCAUCUGGACACGAGCAGGGCAGCAUGGAGCUGCUGAGGGUUGGAUGUAUUGGUGAUGUUUGGGAGGUGCUGGUGCUGAGGAAGAGGAGGACAGGAGGACUCUACCUGCUGCUGCUCUGCUGGCUGCUGGCUGCUCACACCACAGCGCACGGACCCUCAAGAUCUAAGGAAAGACAGCGACCUGAGUUUGACAGUGAUGACUCUAAAACAGCCUCAGACGCCUCCUCAUCUUCCUCCUCCUCCUCCUCCUCUAGUCUCGGAGGUUUUGUGGACUUCACUUUCACCCAGGAGCCUCAGGACACGGUGACGGUGCGAGGGGGCGUGCUGCAGCUCGACUGCCAGGCGGAGUCCGAUGCAGUGGCAGGACCUCCCACCAUCACAUGGCGUAAGGACGGCGUGCUGCUGAGUGCAGUGGUGGAUGAGCGGCGGCGGCAGCUGGCUAACGGCUCACUGCUAGUGCAGAAUGUUGUACACUCACGGCACCACCGGCCUGACGAGGGCGAAUACCAGUGCCUCGCCACACUGGACGGACUGGGGAGCAUCGUUAGCCGGACCGCCAGGGUCACUGUGGCCGGUCCUCUGAAAGUGGUCAUCCCCACUGAGUCUGUCUCCUCGUACCUCGGUGAUACCGCCCUGCUGCGCUGUGAGGUCUCGGGCGACCCGACACCGAUCAUCCGCUGGCAGAAGAACCGGGAGGACCUGCCACUGACCUUUGACCUUGACUCCCGUCUGGCAGUGCUGCCGUCUGGCUCGCUGCAAGUCAGCCGCGUCCAGCCUCCAGACUCGGCCACGUACCGCUGUCUGGCCGACAACCCCGGCAGCACCAGGACGGGGACGGACGCUGAGCUCCGAGUACUCCCAGAGCCCGGGGUGAGCAGGAACCUCCAGUUCUUCCAGCGUCCAUCCAGAGUAACAGCUCUGCUGGGAACCGACGCCGUGCUGGAAUGUUCUGCCUCCGGAUACCCAACUCCGAGCAUCCAGUGGAGGAGAGGAGAGGAAUUGAUCCAGAGCUGGAAUAAGAAAUACUCUCUGCUGGCGGGCAGUAAUCUGAUCAUCAGGAGUGUCACUGACGACGACUCUGGCAGUUACAGCUGUACAGCCACCAACAAGAACCACAACAUCACUGCACACACAGAGCUGAGUGUACUGGUGCCACCUCAGUUCCUGAACUACCCCACCAACACAUACGCCUACGAGUCCACCGACAUCGAGCUGGAGUGUGCUGUGACAGGAAGCCCACCGCCGACUGUUCGCUGGAUGAAGAACGGAGAGGAAGUCAUCCCCAGCGAUUACUUCCAGAUAGUGGAUGGCAGUAACCUGCAGAUUUUGGGUUUGGUGAAGUCAGAUGAAGGAUUCUAUCAGUGUGUAGCUGAAAACUCAGCCGGCAGCUCGCAGGCGAUGGCUCAGCUGCUGCUCCGAGAGCCAGAGGCCAUGCCCACUCAGUAUAGACCUGCCCACACGCCUCCUCCUCCUCCUCCUCCUCCUCCUGCUCCUUCUGGCACCCCCUUGACUUACUCCUCCUCCUCUGAUCCCCCACCAGUGUCCCCCAGCCCAGGCGUUGCCCUCCCCUCUGCCCCCCGCGACCUGGUCCCUGUCCUAGUGUCCAGCCGAUUUGUCCGACUCAGCUGGCGCCCCCCGGAGGAGACCGGAGGAGCUGUGCAGACCUACGGCAUUUAUUACUCCCAGGAUGGAGUCGAGAGGGAGCGGUCAGUGAACGUGUCGGAGCCGGAGUCUUUGGAGCUGACAGUCUCCAACCUGAAACCAGAGGAGCGCUACAGCUUCAGAGUCAUCGCUUACAACGACGUGGGGCCAGGAGAGAGCUCCGCCCCCCUGAGGAUCACCACCAAACCUGACAUCCAGGUUCCCAGCAGAGUAGAGUCUCUCCAAGCUGCGGCUCUUUCUCCCACCUCCGUCCAGGUGAGCUGGGAGCCUCCCAGCCAACCAAAUGGACCCGUGCUGGGCUACAGACUGCUGUGGACCGAGAGCCCGUCUGGCAAGGAACAGAGUGUGGAGGUGAAUGGACUCAACUACAAGAUGGACGGACUCAAUAAGUUCACAGAGUACACAGUUCAAGUUUUGGCGAUUAACCGCUAUGGACCAGGCACCGCCUCAGAGACGUUCAGGGUCACCACCCAAUCAGACGUACCCAGCGCUCCUCCUCAGAACAUCACCUUAGAGGUUGUCCUGUCCAGGAGCAUCAAGGUGUCAUGGCAGCCGCCUCCGCGCAGCGCUCAGAAUGGCAUCAUCACUGCCUACAAGAUCAAAUACAGGAAGACCGGUCGCCGUGGCGACCAAGAGGCCAUCGAACCCAACAAUUUCUGGUACCUGUUCACAGGUCUAGAGAAGGGCAGUCAGUACAGUUUCCAGGUAGCAGCCAUGACAGCCAAUGGAACAGGUCCGGCCAGUGACUGGUACACCGCUGAGACGCCGGAGAACGACCUGGAUGAGAGUCAGGUGCCCGACCAGCCCAGCUCUCUGCACGUCAGGCCGCUGCCAAACAGCAUCAUCAUGUCCUGGACUCCACCCCUCAGCCCAAACAUCUUAGUUCGAGGUUACAUCAUCGGCUACGGAGUGGGAAGUCCCUACGCCGAGACGGUCCGAGUGGACAGCAAGCAGAGAUACUACUCCAUUGAAAACCUAGAGCCGAGCUCGCACUAUGUGAUUUCCCUGAAGGCGUUCAAUAAUGCCGGAGAGGGAGUUCCUCUGUAUGAGAGCGCCGUCACUCGAUCUCUGACAGACCCCAUAGAUCCGUCUGAGGAUGACCUCUUCCAUCUCUUUGAUAAAUACCCCACUCCCAUGCCAGACACCAGCACUCCCAUGAUCCCCCCGGUGGGGGUCCAAGCCGUGGCUCUGUCCUCGGACUCAGUCCGUGUCUCCUGGGCCGACAACUCCAUGACCAAGAACCAGAAGGCAUCUGAGGUCCGGUACUACUCUGUCAAGUGGAAGACCAGCUACUCCACUAGUGGAAAGUACAAGUCUGCAGACACCACGGCGCUCAGCCACACUGUCACCGGCCUCAAACCAAACACUAUGUACGAGUUUGCUGUCAUGGUAACCAAAGGUCGCAAGUCCAGCACCUGGAGUAUGACGGCACACGCCACAACAUAUGAAGCAGCUCCUAGCUCCGCCCCCAAAGAUUUGACAGUGAUCAGUCGCGAGGGACGACCCCGCGCCAUUUUAAUUAGCUGGCAACCGCCGAUGGAGGCAAACGGUCGGAUCACAGGGUACAUCCUGUACUACACGCUGGAUAAGAACAUGCCGAUAGAUGAUUGGGUGAUGGAGGCGAUCAGCGGUGAUCGACUGACCCAUCAGGUCGUGGAUUUGAACCUUGACACGGUUUAUUACUUCAGGAUUCAGGCCAAGAAUGCCAAAGGAGUCGGCCCGCUGUCUGAGCCUGUCCACUUCAGAACCGCCAAAGUGGAACAUCCGGACAAGAUGGCCAAUGAUCAAGGUCGAGGGGGAGACCACACCUACUGGCCGUCUGACACCAACCUGAUUGACAGGAGCAGCAUCAACGAGUCUCCCAUUGGUCAGAUGCAUCCACCUCACGGCAGCGCCACGCCUCAAAAGAAUAGUAACCUCCUGGUCAUCAUCGUAGUUUCCGUGGGAGCCGUCACCGUGGUCGUGGUCGUCAUCGUGGCGCUCAUCUGCACCCGACGCUCCUCCGCCCAGCAGAGGAAGAAGAGAGCGAGCCACAGUGCCAGUAAGAGGAAGGGCAGCCAGAAGGACCUGCGACCCCCUGACCUCUGGAUCCAUCAUGAGGAGAUGGAGAUGAAGAACAUGGAGAAAGCUCCCAGUGUCGCCCCGUCCGGACGUGAUUCGCCCAUCCAGUCCUGCCAGGACCUCCCCCAGAUCGCACACAGUCAAUCAGAGAGCCAGAUGGGCAGCAAGAGCAGCCACUCGGGAGCUGAUGGUGAUGAGGCGUCCAGCAGUAUCUCCACUCUGGAGCGCUCCCUGGCUGCCCGGAGGGGGACACGAGGCAAAAUGAUGAUUCCUAUGGACUCACAGCCGAGCAACACACCGGUGGUCAGUGCCAUCCCGGUGCCAGCUCUGGACUCUUCUCAGUAUCCUGGUAUCCUGCCUUCACCUUCCUGUGGCUUCACUCACAACAAGUUCAGCCUGAGGCCGAUGCCUUUCCCCAGCCUGACCGUGGACAGAGGCUACACACCAGUGAUACCUUCAGACACCUCCACCAAUCCUCUCCUCCAGCAGCAGCCUCCACCCCAGCAGGCCCCUCCCAUCCUCCCCGGUUCCUCCACCGGGCCCGGGGAGCAUGUUCCCGGGGUUGGCCCAGUCCCAGGGGCCCCUGCUGCUGCUGCUGAGGAGGCCCAGGCUGCGAGCGGUCGGACCAUCCCAACAGCCUGCGUGCGGCCCACACACCCUCUACGAAGCUUCACCAACCCACUGCUGCCACCGCCCAUGGGGACCAUCGACCCCAAGGUGUACACCUCCAUGAUGCCACAGUCCAGUGCGAGCCUUCCGAAACCCCAGGUGAAGACAGCCUCUCUGGGUCAGGCUGGUAAAGCUCGCUCCCCUCUGCUGCCUGUCUCAGUCCCUACAGCACCAGACUUACCGGAGGAGGGAGGAACAAAACCCUCCGAGGAUUCAGCUGCCAACGUUUACGAGCAGGAUGACCUUUCGGAGCAGAUGGCCAGUCUAGAAGGGCUGAUGAAGCAGCUCAAUGCCAUUACCGGCUCUGCCUUCUAACCUCUAACCCCGACCCAGCUCAGCCCUCAGUCAUGGUCCAGUCUGGAACCUUUCUUCAAGCCUUGAUCUCACCAGCUGUCCAUUCACUAAGGGUGGCAGCAGGUCAAUCUGGGUUUGAAGACACCUCUGUGCAGACCUCCAU